AUGGACACCACUGACCUCAGCGCUAAGCGUCCUCGGACUGUCCAGCACCCAUCUAUGGAGGAGGCCGUCGCCUUCUGGGUCUUGCAGUGUCAGCACCGUGGGGUCGCUCUCACCGGAGAUCUCAUACGGGCCAAGGCUCAGACCUUUGCGGGAUCAAUGGGCGUCUCGGAGGAAAACAUCAACUUUUCGCAUGGGUGGCUCCACAAAUUCCAGCAACGCCACAAACUGCGAGCUGUCCGCAUUCAUGGCGAGAGUGGCUCAGCAGAUAUGGGCGCUCUAGAGGAGGCUCUUCCACCCUCAAGGCCGUGGUUGCUGGUUAUGCGCCACGUGACGUGUACAACAUGGACGAAACUGGUAGGUUUGUUCUAUAGUAUGACGCCCGACAAAACGAUCGCCCAGCAAGAGGUCGAAGGGUUUAAAAAAGACAAGACGCGCAUCACAGUUGCUCUUACGGCAAACGCUGAUGGAUCCGACAAACUCCGCCGUUCUUCAUUGGACACGCCAAAAAGCCGCGGUGUUUUGAGCGCAAGACAGCUGAGCGACUGA